AUGACGGAAGAUGGGGAUAUAGAAAUAAGGUAUAAUAAAGAAGUGAAUGGAAGCUCGGAAGUUUUGCUAACCACGGCUGAUACUACUGAUCUGCCUAAUCCGAUAUCGCCUGAGUCCCCAUUAGAUCAAUUUUGGGCAUUGUUGGAGGGUAAAGGCAAGGUGGACACGUCACAUCCGGAUGAAAACCCAUUUGAAAAGUUUUGGCCCUAUUUGGAUCAUAACUACGACAUGGAUGUCAGUAGAAGGAAAACGAUUUACAAAUGGGAUGAAAAGGCAAUAGAAUUAUUUCGGCGAUACAUGGACGCAGCCUGCAAGCCGCCAUCCAUCAACGAUAAAUAUGUGAGAACGACGAUGAUAAGGGCCACUAUACAUCAGAUUAAUGCAUUUUUCUCGGCACUCGCGUUUUUGGACACCGACAUCGAGCGACACACGGAGAAGGAUCAGCAUAGCAGACAAACGCAGCCGGGUAAUCAGCAAAAUAUGGGCGGGACAACAACGGAUUCGGACUUGCAUGCGGAUCUACUUAAGUCAUGUUUAAAUUCUGGCAACGAUCGGUCGCCGGCAGAUCAACGUAAGAUCGAGGCUGAGUUGGGUUGGGAUGACAGCUCACGCGACUCAUUAUUAUCAUUCCUGUCAGCUGUGGAGCCCAGCAACAACGAAUCCGCGUGUGGCCAACCUAAGAAGAAGCCGAUGUUGAAAGCGAAUGCUAGCAACGGCAGGAAACGCUUCUCAAUCAAUCAAUCUAAGCUAGAACCGUAUGAGGUCGGCCCAAAGAUCAGUAAGCUCUCACUCAACCCGCAAAGGCCGUCCAGUCACAUUCUACCGAGCAGACCCCUAACAGCGGCUUCGCAGAAUCAAGCCCAGCCAAGUCGCGCAGUUCAAGUAGAUGGAAGAGUGCCCAUAGACAAUAAGUGCGUUGCCAAAAAUGAACUGCCCAUGCCCCAAAAGCCCAUGCCCAAAGCUCAGCAAAAUCCCCUAGCGCAAAUAACUCCAAUGAAAACCAAGCACCCAUAUGACAUGCCUGAGAUCUAAUACGGUAUCAAUUUGAGAUGCUAGUGCCCUGCUAUUAAUCGGUACACUCCACUUACU